GGCGAUUGACGUUCUCUACACCGUCCAGCAUGGAACACGUAUCUAGGGUGGUUCAGCAGCCCCGAACGGUGGUCUCUCGCCUCCAACGUUACUACUUCCACCGCCGGUACCAUCUGCGAGUCCCUUCCUCACCCGUUGUUGUCCCUGCCACCCAUCUCCGACCAGUACCGCUACUCCGCACCUACGCUGCCACCACUACCACCAACCCUUCCAGUUCUUUGAUCACCCCUUCACUUCGGAUCGCUUCGCGUCACGCUUCGACCAUGGCGGACCCACAAUUUUCCGAGGGCACUGAUGCCGAGCAGGCACGCCAGGGAUUGCAGGCGCUGCAGGAGCAGGGAUGGGCAUUGGACGAGGACGGACAAGGCGUGAAGAAGACGUACUAUUUUCGGUCAUACUUCAAAGCGGUGAGCUUUGUCAAUGUGGUCGCGUCGCAGAGCUCAACCAAGAAGCACCAUCCGACCAUGACUGUGAGAAUUGGAUCGGUCGAUAUCCACUGGACUACCCACCAUCCCCGGGGGCUAAGUGAGAAGGACCUGGAAAUGGCGCAGCAUUGCGACGAGGCAGCGGAGCUGAUGGGGGCAGUGGAACAAGGACAGGGGAAAAAGUGCGCGCCGGGGCGAGACUAAGGGGAUCGAGAUCCUAAGUUAGAUGAUGAGGAGCUGGGGUGCAGUGGGACGAAUUCCUUUGUUGGAUGGAAUGGGAUUGUGUGGAUAGAAUUAGUGAUUGAGUGGCGUAAGGAGCUGAGAGGUUCAUCUUAACAGUGAGUACUAGUAUUAAUGUCAAGUAUUAACCGCGUAA